AUGAUUGCAACAGCGAACAUCUCUUCUGGCUUAACGGUAUGGCAGGGACCGGAAAGUCCACCGUCUCGCGCACGCUGGCCAAACACUUCCAAAGUCGAGGGGAGAACAAGAUUGCGACUCUACCCGAAAAUUCAUGCCAACGAUAGCUCGCCAGCUGAUGAGAUUCCUUCCUAUUCUCAGAAGUGGAAUCCUUGGCGUGCUCAAGGAUGA